AUGGCUACUCAGCUGCUGCUGUCAUUCCCUCCCCCGACGGAGCUGCCAGACGCCGAAUAUGACCAGAAAAUCCGUGUGCUGUGUGCAGGUAUCAAGAAGCUAUCGCCUAGUGCGCUGGUCGGUCACAGUACGGCUGAACAGGGAAAUCAUCUCGACAUACUGGACCCUGCCAAACACUCCUUGGCAUAUCUACAGGUUCUGUUGGCAUACUACCAGAUAUCGCAGAAGCCGGGCAAGUUAACCAUCCCUGAUACCUUUCAGCCGGGAGGGGAGGCCUGGGGAAGGGCGCUGGAAUUCUUUGAAGUGUUUGACCCCAUACAAAUCCGAUAUGCGGGCCGUGACUUCACAAGGCUUGUCGAGACCAUUGCCCGGAUCGCAGAAUCCGUUUCGCGGCCUCUACUUGCUGUCCAGCCUCUGAAAAGUGCCUUGCUUCGGCUUGAUCCAUCAUGCUCGACACUGACGACAACACAUACUUUGUUUGUACGUACUUGCCUUAAGGCAAAGGCCUGCCGCGCUGCAUUGCCGGUACUAGAAAAGACCGUCUGCCAUAUCCCCGCAUCGGCAGAUAAAAUCUACCAUCAACGAGCCCAGAUUUAUCCUUGUGACAAGGACCAAUCUAGCGUCACAUACAUUACGGAUUCUUCCGGGCUGGCGGGAUCUCUCACCUACCGGACAUAUCUCGAAUAUUACCUGUAUGGAGCUAUGAUCUAUAUGGUUCGAAAGGAAUGGGAAAAUGCACUGCGGUUUUUGCAUCUUGUAAUUGUUGCGCCUGCCACUAAUUCAGUGAGCAAGAUCAUGGUGGAAGCAUACAAAAAGUGGAUUAUAAGUUCGUCUAUGCCACGAGGUACACCUCAAUAUGCGAUCAAAGCAUAUAAGAACUUGGCAAGACCGUACGAGGUGCUCGCUGAGAUCUUCCGGGAUGGCACAUUACAGAGGCUGGAGGCUGAAAUUUCGAUAGGGGCGGGAGUCUGGGACGAGGAUAACAACUCCGGCCUUGUGCGCCAACUUCCCGACGCAUAUCGUCAGUUCUCAAUACUUAAAUUGGAAAAAGUGUUUGCCGCGCUAUCAAUACCCGAUAUGGCAAGCAGAGUUUCGUCGGAGAGCACCUCUACAGCUGAACUGGAAGAGUUUGUGGCUACACUGAUAGCAAAAGGACAGUUGGAUGCACGUCUUGUCCAGGCCUCAGAUCCGUCUGGGGCAUCCGUACUUCGCUUUGGCCGGACCAAUAAAGCCAUGGACCCGUACUUAGAAGCCCGGCUGUGGGAAGACCUUGUCAAAGAGAAGAUCCGCAUCAAAUCAAUGAUAAAGAAUGUCGCGAGGGCGGACUUGAAACUGGAGCUGGGUGGUGACUACAUUGAAGGGUUGGGGAAAUCUCAGCGGAGAGCCGAGCAAGUAGCCCACAGCCGUACCUCCGCCUUUGAUGAAGAUAUCAUGGGUGUGUCACGUUAG